AGCAAACACUACUUGAUACACUGAAGCCACACAUGGAGGCCCAAGAACUGAAGAAACCUCAGCUGACCAUCCAGUUUGUGAGCUCUGGCAUGACAGCCAGACAAGCUAAUGAGAAUGUGUUGCCACUGCUCAUGAGUGCUUGUCCACUCACUUUUUCUACUGUCAAGUAUUUUGAGGCUCUGAAAACCUCGGCUAUUGGUCGCCUUGUGAUCUACUGUGAUGUGAUGACCUCGAGCAUGAGAAUAACAGCAGGACACCCUCCUCUUAUUCAUGGCAUAGUUGUCUUACUGUCACAACAAACCCAGGGUCAAGGUCGUGGUGGAAAUACCUGGGUGUCUCCAUUAGGCUGUGCCAUGUUUACAACUCAGCUUCACAUAUCAUUGUCCUCCAAUCUAGGCCAACAUCUUACCUUCCUGCAGCACCUUGUGGCUAUAGCAAUGGUUCAGGCUGUUAGAGAGCACCCAGGUUAUGCUGACAUUCCUAUCCACCUCAAGUGGCCAAAUGAUAUUUAUAUUGGCUCCAACAUCAAGAUAGGAGGAGUCAUUGUUGAGGCAACUACAAUUGGAAGUGAAAUUAUAGCUAAUGUUGGUUAGUAUUUUAAGUGUAUUUCUUCUCUGUAAAUGUUGUACAUGUCAGUCAUCACUAAUCCGGCAAUCAGUUAUUAGGUUCCAUCACCAAUCCGGCAGUCAGUUAUCUGGUUUCAUC